AUGAGGCCAAAGAUUGUUCUUUUCGGAGAUUCCAUCACUGAGGAUUCCUUCGAACUUGGAGGAUGGGGUGCUUCUCUUGCCCAUCAUUUCUCUCGCACGGUGGAUGUGGUUCUUAGAGGAUACAGUGGGUACAAUACGAGAUGGGCGUUGAAGGUGUUGGAAAGGGUUUUUCCCGUGUCUCAGGAAAGUGAUCCUAUUGCUUUGACUGUUUUCUUUGGGGCUAAUGAUGCUUGUCUUCCUGAUAGAUACUCUGCUUUUCAACAUGUGCCGAUUCGUGAAUACAAGGAGAAUCUUCGCUCCAUUGUCUCCUUCUUCAAGAAACUAUGGCCUACAACUCAUGUUCUCCUCAUAACUCCUCCUCCCAUCGAUGAAGAAGCACGACUUAGGUAUCCAUAUAUGGACAAUCCAGAGAAUCUUCCCGAAAGGACAAAUGAGGCUGCUGGUGAAUAUGCUAGAGCAUGCAUUGCUGUCGCCACUGAAUGUCAAGUUCCCGUCAUUGAUCUCUGGACCAAAAUGCAACACUCAUCCGGCUGGGAAAAAUACUAUUUAAGUGAUGGUUUGCAUCUCACUAAUGGAGGUAAUCGACUUGUCUUUGAGGAAGUUAUCAGAAAGCUGAGAGAUGAAGGUUUGAGUGUAGAAUCUUUGCCAAUUGAUCUCCCUCUUAUAUCUGAUAUUGACCCUAAUGACCCUAUGAAGGCAUUUCUAUAG